CAUCACAUCCCCUCUGUUGUGUGUGAGUGGGGGUUGUUGGCAGGCUGUCAGAUGAGGACGUAGGUUUACAGUUUUAGUAUAUUUCUUCUCAUUUUAUGGCAUGUAGAUAUCAGAAAGAACAGAGUGACAAUGCAGAUCCUCACCCCGCAUGUUUACUGGGCUCAGCGGCACUCAGAGAUCUUCCUCAGGGUGGACCUGAGCGAUGCAAAGGAUCUCGACAUCAGUGUACAAGAAAACAACAUACUUCAGUUCAAAGCACAGGGCCAUGGAGCUAAAGGAGAUAAUGAAUACAAGUUUAGUCUGGAGUUUCGGGAACCUGUUAGAACUGAGAUCAACCAUAAGUCCACCCAGCGUCAGGUGGACAUCAAGAUCAGGAAGCAGGAGGAGCGCUGGUGGGACCGGCUGACUCUGCAGGAGAAGAAGCCUCUGUUUCUGGCUCCAGACUUCGACCGCUGGCUGGACGAGUCGGACGCCGAGAUGGAGCUUCAGGCUAAGGAGGAAGAGAAAAUAAACAAGAUAAGUGUGGAGUCGAGAGUUCGUACAGACCCGUACCUUGGGCUGAAGAGGGGCUACUUGUUUAUGUACAACCUGGUGCAGUUCCUGGGAUUCUCCUGGAUCUUUGUCAACAUGACCGUUCGACUCUUCAUCCUUGGUCAAGACUCGUUCUAUGAUACCUUCCACACCACGGCCGACAUGAUGUAUUUCUGUCAGAUGAUGGCCGUGCUCGAGGUCAUCAACCCCUUGCUGGGUCUGGUUAAGACUGGAUUCUUUCCUGCUAUGAUACAGGUGGCAGGGAGGAACGUCAUUCUGUUUGUGAUCUUCGGCAGUCUGGAGGAGAUGCAGAACAAACCUGUGGUGUUCUUCGUCUUCUACCUGUGGAGCACCAUCGAGAUCUUCAGGUACCCGUUCUACAUGCUGGCUUGCAUCAGCACAGAGUGGAAGCUGUUGACGUGGUUGAGGUACAGCCUCUGGAUCCCUCUGUACCCGCUGGGGGUCUUGGCUGAAGCGGUAGCCGUGAUCCAGUCCCUGGCCAUCUUUGAUGCGACGCGUCUGUUCAGCGUCCCCCUCCCCGCGCUGCUGGGAGGCUCCCUGAGCUUCUCCUACACUCUGCAGAUCUACCUGGUCCUCAUGUUCCUAGGACUCUUCAUCAAUUUCCGGCACCUGUACAAGCAGAGGAGGAGACGAUUCCGCUCGAGGAAAAGGAAAGUCCAAUAACUCAUCAGCCUAUUUUUAAAACACCCUGAACUGCCGUCCUGUUAAAGAUUAAGCAGAAGGUUUAUUUUCCUCAAUUGCCUUUCUCAUCUUCUACACACAUACACUGACCUGAAGGAGGACUUUUCCCCUUAAUCCUCCAAUGGGUGAACUUUCCCCAGACCACAUCCUGUUUAUCCUUCUUUAACAGCUGCACAACACACAUCACCUGAAAAAACUGUACAUCCAGUGCUUUACUACUAGUGUGUUUAUUCUCUUAAAAAAUGUCAUAUUUAUCAAGAUGUUUGUCCACGUCUGCAGUGGGACAUGGAGUCCUAUGUUCCACAGUUAGAGUGGUUAAAGAAAACUCUUUCUGGGAAGGCUCGGGCAGAUUUGCCCUUUUUGUUUUAUUUAUUGCUUUAGGAUUAUUUAUUAAAUGAUGGUCUUUGUUGGAUCAAAACUCAUAAUGUUUUUAGAUAUCUUUUAACCCAUUGAAGAAAAAUCAAUGAUCCAUCAUCGGUGAUGUAAGGUAGAUAAGCUAAAACACCAUGGCGCUUGAGAAAUGGUCAGAUAUGUUUCCAAACACUGAGCCUUGUUUGUCUCAGUCAGUCAUUCACGGCUUUGAAUAUUAAAAAAGCCAUGCAAAUUACUUUUAAGAGGAAUUUUUAUAACUAUCUUUUCAUGAAACACACAAUCCUUCCUAUUGGCCUUUCCACUAGUUUUAUUGGCAACCUAUACAACGAUUAAGCUUCUACUUUGUGACCUACAAGGAGGACAUGGGAUUGACAAAUUAUGAUUGAAGUAUUGUUUGUUGGCUUUUUAUGGUAAACGCUAAAAAAAGCACGCUAAACAUACAAAUGGCAAAAUAGGAAAACGUUUAUUUGAGGAUAGGAAUGGAGGAUGAAGUUGAAGGGCUAAAUAAAAAGGUUAUCUUUUUAUAACUUGACAAAUGCUUUUGGUGCAUUAAUAAAAACUCAGCUGAGUACUUUAUGCAAGUUCUGAAUUGACAGCACCCCCAGAGUCCAGUUUUAUCUUCUUUAAAGCACCAUGUCAACAUUUAAAAAAUGGGCAACAUUGGACACCGGUGGUCAUUUGAAUAAAUCCAACAAUCUGCCAUGUGGACACUGACAUGAAUAGAAGGAACACAACAAGCACACACUGUUUUCUCUGUAAGUAUACACAGUUGAUGUGUGUGUGGUCAGUUUGCCAAUUAAUGCAAAUACAUUUUUCUACCAUCAGAAGCUUACACUACAAUCAUAGAAAUGCAACCUUUUGUUGUUCUUUGAACUGUGGAUGUUUCGGUCAAGUGACAAUUCUCUUAAAUGUGUCUGUUAGGAGAAAAAAAUUAAACUCUUGGCCAGGUCACUUUUGGAAAAGAGAUUUUAAUUUCAAUGAGUCUUUUACCUGGUUAAAUAAAGCAUGAACUCCAGAUGCACCAAACAUCCUUUACAAUCCAAAUCUGCUCUUACCCAGGUGUGACGAAUUACAAAUCCCACUGGAUCUUAAAUUGGAGAAGUGUGUUAGAUGGUUUAUUAUUAGCACUGACGCUUCACACUAAAGAGGGGGCAGGUGUUAUUCUACUGUGAAACUGAGUGAAGAAGCUGAGCACAGGCAAUAUUGUUGAAGGAUAUGACAUCAUCAACAAUGAGCCGUCCACUUCCUGUUCCACCCAAUCUGUUUACCCUUUAGACUUUCCAUUUGUUUUGGAUUUAUUUGUGUUUAUUGAAGUUGUUGAUUUUCAUUUGUUUCAGUUUUUUUGUUAGUUUUUUCGAAUGGUGUUUGGGAAAGAUGUGUACUUGUCAUAAAGCUUGAUUUAGACAUUAUUUGCAUUUCAAAAGUCUUUAGGCAGGGACAUUCAGACUAACGCUGCAUUGUGAUCACAAAUAUGGUUUCCUGCCUAAAAUAAACAUCAGUUUUCUAAUUUUG